AUGCAAAAUUAUUGUUGUAAGAAUUUUGUUGGUCAGACUAAUAAUUUGGAUGGCAUGUUGAGUACUCGCUCAACUGUGCAAACUAAUCCACCUGUAUGGGUACCUCCACCGAUAGGAUUUCAUAAAAUUAAUUUUGAUGGUGCUAUUGAUAUGAACCUACGGACAGGUGCUAUUGGUUUUGUGGUUAGUGAUUUUGCAGGUAAUUUUAUCUUGGCUGGGGCUCGACGUUUUAUGGGCAUAAUUGAACUUAUGGUUAUAGAAGCAUUGGCGCUUCGGACAUCAAUGGAGGAGGUGUUGUCUAUUACAGAGAGUCGACUAAUCUUUGAAGGAGACUGUCAGGUUCUCAUUAAUGCCGUCAAUUCCUCCUCUAGCACUGAUAGAGAUGCCGGAGUAGUAUUGGAAGACAUACUAAGCUUAGUUUCCCGGUUAACGGAAAUUAGGUUUCAAUAUGUUAACCGCAAAUGUAAUUGGGUAGCCCAUUUGGUGGCUAAAAAAGCCCUGGUCGAUGACUGCUUUUGCAGUUCUCAUCAUUCUGUUUUAGAAUGGCUCACUCAAAAUUGUUGA